AUGAGAAAGUUUGUAAAAUCAAGCUUUUCUGUAACGAAUGAACCAAAAUUUGAGAUUAAGAGACUACUUGGUGGUAAAGUCAGUGAUGCAGAUGAUGAAGAUGAAUCUAUCAUUGCCAUCCAGCAUGCCCAUUCUUUCUCAGUACAAUCUUUCCAAAAUCGGGAGAAGCUGGCCAAGAAGAAGAGGAAGGUCUCCAGUCUGCAAAAGACUAACAAAAAUCUGCAGUCAAAGAUGAAGACUUUGGAGGAUCAGGCUGAGGCUACCAUCAAAGCUCAAAAUGACGCCGAAGAAAAGGCAGACUCUACUGAGGCCAUCAAAAAGGUGCUUGAGGCCGAAAAGAAGGAUGCCGAGGAGAAAACGGCCCAGGCCCAAAAAGAAUUGCAAGAUGAUCUGGCCACAAAAGAGGCCGAAGUCAAGGCAGCCGAUGAGAAGGGCUACAACGAAGAGGUGGCUGAUGUCACGGCGGACUAUGAAAAGCAAGUGAAGCAGGUUGAGGAGGUUCCCAAAGAUGCUACCGCUGAGAAGGCAUCAGCCGACGUGACCCUUGUUGACAAGAGCCUUGACGAAACCCUCCAAGAAAUUGACGCUGAGCUUGCGACUGAGAAGGCCGCCGAGAUGUCUUCUUAG